AACAAUGUUUAGUGUAUUAUUAAAUCAAAAUGGUUACAGUUUGUUGAUAAACAUACAAAAUUUUUACUUUGGGAGGUUCUAACAACACCACACAUUCAACCACAAAAAAAAAAGUCCAUACAUCUUUUUAGUGUUAUUAUUCAAAAAAUAUUUGUAGAAAAUUUUUGUAAAUUUUUUUUCGGGGAACGAAAUGGCGACAACGGAUAAAAUAAAGGUUGCCGUACGUGUACGACCGUUUAAUCGACGAGAAAUAGAUUUAGGCACGCAAUGCGUUGUGGAAAUGGACGGUCAUCAGACAAUCUUACAAAAUCCAAAUAGUUUGGAUAAAAUUGACAGAAAGCAACCAAAAACAUUUGCUUUUGAUCAUUGUUUCUACUCACUUGACUGUACAAAGACAAAUUAUGCAUCACAAGAGGAUGUUUUCGAUUGUCUUGGACGCGAUAUACUUGAAAAUGCUUUCCAAGGAUAUAACGCUUGUAUAUUUGCAUAUGGCCAAACAGGUUCUGGAAAAUCAUAUACCAUGAUGGGUAGCCAAGACAAUAAAGGUAUAAUACCCAGAUUAUGUGACUCACUGUUUGAUCAGAUUGCAAAGAAACAAAGCUCUGAAUUAACAUAUAAAGUUGAAGUGAGCUAUAUGGAAAUUUAUAAUGAGAAAGUUCAUGAUUUACUUGAUCCAAAAACCAAUAAACAAUCAUUAAAAGUACGCGAACACAAUGUUUUGGGUCCAUAUGUAGAUGGUUUAUCACAAUUGGCGGUUACGUCAUUUCAGGAUAUUGAUACAUUAAUGGCUGAAGGCAACAAAUCACGAACCGUUGCUGCGACAAACAUGAACAGUGAAUCAUCACGUUCGCAUGCCGUAUUUUCUGUUGUGCUCACACAAACCUUAAUCGAUAUACAAACGGGUGUUAGCGGUGAGAAAGUGAGUCGUAUGUCAUUAGUGGAUUUAGCCGGUAGCGAACGUGCUGUAAAAACAGGCGCUGUUGGUGAACGAUUAAAAGAGGGCUCCAAUAUCAAUAAAUCAUUAACAACCUUAGGUUUAGUUAUAUCAAAAUUAGCCGACCAAUCGUCCAGUGGUAAAAUUAAGGAUAAAUUUGUACCAUAUCGUGAUUCUGUAUUAACAUGGCUAUUAAAAGAUAAUUUAGGUGGUAAUAGUAAAACUGUUAUGGUGGCAACACUGUCACCGGCAGCCGAUAAUUAUGAGGAAACUUUAUCAACGUUACGGUAUGCGGAUCGUGCUAAACGUAUUGUCAAUCAUGCUGUGGUUAAUGAAGAUCCAAAUGCACGUAUUAUUCGUGAGUUGCGUCAAGAGGUCGAAGCUUUGAAGGAAAUGCUUAAAUAUGCUACGGGUUCAGUUGCUGGUGAAAAUCAACGUGUUGAUAUACAUGAAAAAUUAAGUGAAAGUGAGAAAUUAAUGAAAGAAAUGUCACAAACAUGGGAGGAAAAACUAGUCAAAACUGAGCGUAUACAAAAUGAACGUCAACAGGCGUUAGAAAAAAUGGGUAUUAGUGUACAAGAUUCUGGUAUUAAAGUGGAAAAAUAUAAGUAUUAUUUAGUAAAUUUAAAUGCGGAUCCUUCGUUGAACGAACUAUUAGUCUAUUAUUUGAAGGAUCGAACACUUGUCGGUAGUAGGGAUGCAGAUAUACAAUUAUCAGGCCUAGGUAUACAACCUGAACAUUGUUUAAUUAUUUUGGAGAAUGGUGAAUUGUAUAUGGAACCAAUUGAUAAUGCAAGAUCGUAUGUGAAUGGAUCAGCGGUUACUGAACGGACACCUAUUUAUCAUGGAUAUCGUAUUCUAUUGGGAUAUCAUCAUAUUUUUCGUGUAAAUUGUCCAAAAUCACUUUCAACAACAUCAGAACCUCAAACUCCAGCGCAAACGUUUGACUACAAUUUCGCUCGUGAAGAAUUAAUGCUUAACGAAUUAAGUAACGAUCCAAUCCAAACGGCCAUAUCACGUUUAGAAAAACAACACGAAGAAGAUAAGCAGGUGGCACUCGAAAAACAGCGUCAAGAAUACGAACGACAAUUUCAACAGCUACGAAACAUUCUAUCGCCAUCGACACCGUAUCCUCCAUACACGUUACCAUGUGAUCCGCUACGUCUCGGUAAAAUAACCCCAUGUACACCUACUACUCAAAUGCGUGUUGAAAAAUGGGCGCAAGAACGGGAUAAAAUGUUUAAGAGUAGUUUAGGUAAACUAAAGGAGGAUAUAAUGAAAGCAAAUUCUUUGGUGCAAGAAGCGAAUUUUCUAGCUGAGGAAAUGGGACGCCAAACAAAAUUUAGUGUCACACUGCAAAUUCCACCAGCAAAUUUAAGUCCAAAUCGUAAACGCGGCGCAUUUGUGAGUGAACCUGCUAUACUUGUGAAGCGUUUUAAUUCGGCGAGUCAGGUAUGGAGUAUGGAGAAGCUAGAGAAUAAGUUAAUUGACAUGCGCGAAAUGUAUGGUGAGCGUAAAGAUAAGAACACACUUAAAGAUGAAAUUUCUAAGGGAAUGGAUCCAUUUUACGAGUCACAAGAGAGUCAUAACUUAAUUGGUGUUGCCAACAUAUUUUUGGAAGCAUUGUUCCACGACGUACGAUUAGAUUAUCAUACCCCGAUUAUAAGUCAACAAGGUGAGGUCGCUGGUCGAUUACAAGUUGAAAUAUCACGUGUGUCCGGACAAUUUCCACAAGAUCGUACUUGUGAAGCGGGAUCGGAUAGUUCAGGAGAUAGUGGUCAUGAAGAUGACUCACCAACUGGAUCAGAGAAACGGAAUGUUGAGUGUCGUGUUGUUAUCAAACAAGCAUCCGGUCUACCUCCAUCACUAUCACAUUUCGUUUUCUGUCAGUACACGUUUUGGAAUCAUCCAGAUCCCGUAGCUGUGCCUCCAAUAGUGGAUACUGAUCAUAAUCAUCAAAUUGUGCAUCGAGAUUCGAUGACCUUCAAAUUUAAUCAUACUAAAGAUUUCGUUGUACCUAUUACUGAAGAAUUUCUGGAACAUUGUUCCGAAGGAGCUUUGUCUAUUGAGGUUUGGGGACAUCGAAGUGCUGGCUUUUCACGUACGAAACCUGGUUGGGAAAUUGAACAACAAUUAGCAAAAGCCCGCUCCUUGGCUGAUCGAUGGAGUGAAUUAACUAGAAAAAUUGAGCUAUGGGUCGAAAUUCAAGAAUUAAAUGAACAAGGUGAAUACACUCCAGUUGAAGUGUGCCCGAAACCAGAUGUGCUAACCGGUGGAGUGUAUCAGUUACGACAAGGACAACAACGACGUAUUCAAGUGCGUGUAAAACCGGUACAAAAUUCGGGUACACUACCGAUUAUAUGUUCGUCAAUCGUGAAUAUUGCUGUGGGGAGUGUUGUGAUACGAUCUCGACUACAAAAAGCUUUGGAUUCAUAUCAAGAGGAAGAUUUAACGGUAUUACGUGAGAAAUGGAGUAAAGCUUUAAUGCGACGUAGAAAAUAUUUAGAUCAACAGAUUAAAAGCUUAAUUGAUAAACAAGAUAAAACCGAACAGGAUAAAGAACGGGAACAAAGUCUUGUAGAUCAAUGGGUUAGUUUAACGGAAGAACGGAAUGCAGUAUUAGUACCAUCACCAGGAUCUGGUAUACCUGGUGCACCGGCUGUAUUAGAACCACCAGCAGGAAUGGAACCAUAUGUUCCUGUAUUAUUCCUUGAUCUCAAUGCGGAUGAUUUAUCAACUCAUCCAUCGGGUGAAGAAAUUCCAAUCAGCGGUUUAAAUUCAAUUUUAUCGAAGGAACAUGGCAAUAAAUUUUAUAAUUUACAUGUUAUUCAUCAUUUAGAGAAGGAUGUUUGUGCGGUUGCAUCAUGGGAUUCAUCGAUUCACGAUAGUGUUCAUCUUAAUCGUAUCACAGAUCCAAAUGAACGAGUAUAUUUGAUAUUAAAAACAACGGUACGAUUAUCACAUCCCGCCCAAAUGGAUUUAGUAUUACGAAAACGUUUAACGUUAAAUAUUUAUAAACGACAAAGUUUAACGGAUCGAAUAAAACGACGUAUUGUGCGCACUGAUUAUUUAACGGAAUCAGGUGUUACAUAUGAAGUUGUUUCAAACAUUCCAAAAGCUAGUGAAGAAUUAGAGGAUCGUGAAUCACUAGCACAAAUUGCUGCCACCGGUGAAGAUACAUCGUUAAGUGAUGGAGAAACAUAUAUCGAAAAAUAUACACGUGGAGUAAGCGCUGUUGAGAGUAUAUUAACCCUAGAUCGAUUACGUCAAAGUGUGGCUGUGAAGGAAUUACUCCAAGCUCAAGGUCAACCAUUAAUGCGAAAAACUGCAAGUGUUCCAAAUUUCUCUCAGUUAAUGCGAUUCGAUACAAGCAUGGAAUCGUUAACGAGUAUGGCACGAUCGGAGAGUGUAACCGAUUUAAAUGGCGAAAUGAUAUCAAAUUCAUCGUCGAGUCGUAUACGAUCCGCCCCGUUGGAUACAGCCGACGUGACAUCACCACCCAAACCAUUUGGCAUUGGCUCCAUUCUCUCAGCUCGUCCGACUUUCCUAAAUCUGAAUUUAAAUCUCAAUUCUUUGAGGCUUCAGCAACCACCUGGCGCGGCAAAACCGUCACCAGCUGGUGUUAAAAUGGGCUUACGCAUGACAACACUUCAUGAAGAGCAAACAAUUCAUCCGCCGGUUUCGUUGUCUGAAUCAAUAUCAAAUAUGGACUUUGAUAAAGACGUCGAUGAUAAACGAAAUAUGGAAGAUAGUCAUAGUGAACCAGAAUUUUCUGAGUUCGAAUCAUAUCAGGGCAUGACAACAAAGGCUAAACAGCAAGUAAAAAUGAGCAUGCCAUCAUCUAGAACUCUCGAUUCAUUGCGAGAACUUCAAGAAAGUAAGACAUCUGGUUCACCUUCAGUCACAUCCAGUGGUUAUGGAUCUCAGGCUGUUUCAUCGAGUAAUUUAACACUUGAAGAUUCACUAUCAAUACGCAGCAUUAGUGUGGAUGAAACUCCGCCACCGACAGACUUACAACCGGUAACGGAACUUGUAACCGAUUGUACAUUAAAUGAGAACGACAUAAUCGUUGACGAUGGUAUUGAAAACGACAAAAAUGAUCAAUCAGCCGAUGAUAAUUCAAUGAGCAAAUCAUCUUCAGAGAUCACCGGUGAUUUGAAUAAAUCACAAAGUGGUGAUUCUGGUUCAGAUAAUCGUGAUUAUGAUUCAACUUCAGAAGGAAGUUCAGUUGUUAAAACUAAAUUACCACCAGGAAAAGUUGUACGAAGACGUAAAUCAGUUACUAAAACAUCAACAGCUGCCCCCACACAACGAGCAUCUUUCCCAUUUUCACGAGCACAUGUAUAUGAAAGUAAGGUAGCUGCACAACGUAUGGAACAAUUUUCCGAUAUGGCGAACGAGACACAUAACAGUGAUUUAGAUUCUUCAGCUGAACGACUUGAAGAAGACCAUGAUGCAAAUAGCUUUGGUUCAAGACCAGACUUGAAUCGAAUAACAGAACCAAUACCAGAUUGGGUUGUAGUUGGUGAAAGUGUAUUAAUUCGACCCUAUAAUUGGGCUGGAGUGAUUGCGUAUGUUGGUAACACUGAUUUUGCGGCUGGUACAUGGAUCGGUGUGGAAUUAGAUGCACCAACAGGUAAAAAUGAUGGAAGUGUACAAGGUGUCCAAUAUUUUACAUGUCGUCAAAAGCAUGGAAUAUUUGUACGUUCGGAUAAAUUAAUACAGGAUCGUCGUGGGCGAGCAAUGCGCACUUACAAGAAUGAAGUUGCUCAAAAUAACAAUCGAAAUUCAUCAUCUGGUAUGAAGCGUAGUCAAAGUCGUGGUGAAGGAUUAUCCACAAUUCAUCGAUCACGUAGUCGAGGUGAAAAUUUAAAUUCAAUUGAUACACGGUCUAUGGCACCCAAUACACGUGCCAAAUAGGAUCAACUCAAUCAACUCAUUCAACAAAAAUUAUAUAUAUAUAGAUAUAAAUAUCAGUAAACAAAAUAAAUAUCUGUGGUGAUAUUUCAAAAAAAACCAAUUUAUAUAUCGACAAUUUUUUCUGAAACACAUUGUAAUCGUUCGUUCGAGAUCGUCAACAUAGAUGGCAGAGCACCGCAACGAACAUUACCUUAAAAUAAAAAACUUCGCAUUCCAAAAUAAUGUUUAAGCAAAAAAUAAAACUAAUUUUAGCCUACACAGUUAAAACCGGUUAUAAUGACAUCAUUGAAGAGACCGUGACAAAGGUUCGUGAUAAAAAAAAAUCAUCCUUUUUCGAAGAAAAAUGAACGAUCGAUCGUCAAAAGACAAUAUGGAACAUCAACAGGUCGGGAAGAAGGGAAAGAAGAUAAAAAUCCCCCGAUACGUUUAAGAAACCAAAUUUUCGUGGAUCUUUUCACGAAAAGGUUUUCAUUUUUCUUCGAAGAAAGAUGAUGAACCACCAAAUGAGCCCCCAGUAACAUAAUUAUUACUGGUACUUAAUUGGUAAAGUUGUUCCUUACAAAAAGUGAUUAAAAGUUCAAAAUAAAGUGAAUAAAAUUCGAAAUUAAAGUUCAAAAUAGUAAAUUUUGGUCGUUAUAUACGAUUAAUUUAAAUGAUGGUUCGUUGCUAUAAGCGAUAUGUCGUUUAAUUCGAUGUUUUUAUUCACAUAUGUAUUUGUAUUCAGUUUGGAUCUUGCCAAAAUUCGUCAUAACAACCGAUUUGUCGUUAUAAGCGAUGUCGUUAUAACCGA